UUCUAGCUAGCUUGAAGUCAUUUUAUUUGGCUUAUGUUCGGGGUUUGCCAUGAUAUCAGUUUAUGUAUAACACAAGAAACCAAGCGAAACAUGUUCAAAAAUUAAUCUAAACAUUUUCACCGUUGCUAGACAUGGCCUACCAACAGCAACACCCGAAACCCCACAAAAAGCGUGCCUACCAGCAACCGCCCUACCAGCAGCAGCCCUACCAGCAGCAGCCCUACCAGCAGCAACCCCAGCAACAGCAGCAACAGCAGCCUCGGCCAGCCAUCACCAGCGUAACCACCACAACACAAUCAGUGAUGUCGGGGAUGUGGAGCAGUGGCGUGUGUGAUUGCUGCUCGGACAUGGAAACCUGCUGCUGCGGGUACUGGUGCUUCCCCUGCUUGCAGUGCAAGACCACCGGUGACUUUGGCUGGUGCUGCUGUCUGCCCUUGGUGGACGUCUGCUGCGUCGUUUCCUGCUGCCUGCGCUCCUCCAUGCGAGAGCGCUACGGCAUAAAUGGUUCAUGCUGUGACGACUAUUGUCAACUGUUAUGGUGUUACCAAUGCGUCUGGUGCCAAAUGGCGCGUGAAGUCAAGACUAGGGGUCGUACUGGCAACACUACGGUGGUCACCACCCAGGUCACCCAAGUCUAGGGGUCCCCGUUCGCGGCUGAGGAACCUUAAGGCCAAAAGAUUGCACUAAUGAUUGUUUCAUCACAUUUUUUGUAAAAGAGUAGUUUCACUUUUAAACCAGCAUUUCUUCCCAUUGUUCCAUGGCAUCUUAUAAUGACCAAAUAACAUUUCAACUGAAUGCCAUUGUUCAAUUUAGCAUUAUUAUUUAUGUUUUAUACAUUCCUGACCUUUGCUAUGCCUUCAUUAAAAUCGAAUGUUUUUCCGAUGUCACAAACCUUUAUUAUCAUUAUUACACUCAGCCUGCUUUUGUCAAAUAAAAAGCCCAACAGAGUAGUUUAAGAUGUAAUAUACCUUAUUGUCAUGUUUGGCUAGUUAAACUAAACUCCUUAUUUAACUCGUUAAAUGCAUUAAAUCA